AUGGCAGCCGGGGCGGCGCGGCCCGAGGGGGGGGGCGCCGGCCGGGUGCUCGUCGUGCAGCCCGCGUGGGAGCCGGGGGACCCCGGCCUCGGCAGGGAGCAUCAGUUCCUCGCCCGGCCGCCUCACGUGGCUGGCUGCCCCGCUCGGCAGCGCUUCUCGAGCGCCCGACUCCCGACAGAGCCUGCGCUCACGGGUGCCUCUGGCGCUGGGCCUGGCGCGGAGGGGCAGGUGCGGGCGAGGGAGGGGGUACAGCGUCCGACCCUGUCGGCUGGACGACUUGGCGCCGGCUGGAACGAGGUCUUCUACCUGAGGGGCACCGAGAACGGCCAGGGCGCUCUGAUGGUGGUCCCCGGCUCGCACCGUUCGGCCGAGGUUGGCUACGAGCGCGCCAGACACUACAGGACGCUGGUCGAGCAGCAUGGGGAGUACAUCCCCGAGGAGGUCAUCACGAGUGGCGACCUCGGCCGCGCGCCCGACGGCUCGGCCCUCCCCGUAAAGAGCCUGCCGGUGCCAGGCGGCUCGGUGGUGCUGUUCGACGCCAACCUGCUGCACUGCGUGCAGCCCAACCUGUCCACAGACACGCCCAGCGAGCGAGUAGCGUGUCACUUCAUACCCGGUGAUCUCGACACAGGGUUUCGUGGCACUUCCUUCCGGCGUGGCCACUUUGCUGAUCGACACCUCAUAGUUCAUGCAGAUGGCAGGGUUGCGACUGAAGAUGACGCCGGUUUUGGUGCAAACGGUCAUGCUGAGGAGGCUGCCGCCAAGCGGCCUCGCACCGUCAAGGAGUGA